AGCACCUCCCCUUGUUCAGUACCCAAAGUCGAAGGAUAGCUGGCCUUUCAAUGGACGAAAGUGCGAUAUUUAUUUGUGUUAUCUAAUAUAACUAAUUCGGACCGUCAACAAUUAUUUCGAAUACACAGAAUUGUUUUAGUUUGUUGUGAGAAACAUCAUUGGUGUCAAACAUGCGUAAAAACCAACGCCAUCCAAGCAGGGAACCGCCGAGAAAGGAAUUAUCGCCGCUCAUCUGAGGCCAAUCUCGUUUAUUUUUGUCAAAUAAGGAAACAUAACGAGACAGCUAGCUAGGUAGCUAACAUUAGCUACAUAUAUACGAAAAAUAACACCCAGGCACCGAAUUGAAACUAUAUUUGUAAUUACAUCCAGAAAACCCCCCCCAGGUGUAGGCAGCGAUGGGCGCGUUCCUGGACAAACCCAAGACAGAGAAGCACUGCGCCCACGGCGAGGGCAACGGCCUCCGCUACGGCCUGAGCUCCAUGCAGGGCUGGCGCGUGGAGAUGGAGGACGCCCACACGGCCGUGGUGGGCCUGCCCCACGGACUCACCGACUGGUCCUUCUUCGCCGUGUACGACGGGCACGCCGGCUCGCGCGUGGCCAACUACUGCUCGGGCCACCUGCUGGAGCACAUCCUGACCGGGGGCGCGCAGUUCAGCCCCGGGGCGGGCGCGGUGGACGGCGUGAAGGACGGCAUCCGCUCGGGCUUCCUGAAGAUCGACGAGUACAUGCGCAGCUUCUCGGACCUGCGGCAGGGGCUGGACCGCAGCGGCUCCACGGCGGUGGGCGUGCUCCUCAGCCCCACCCACCUCUACUUCAUUAACUGCGGCGACUCGAGGGCCGUGCUGAGCCGCGACGGCCGUGUGGGCUUCUCCACGCAGGACCACAAGCCCUGCAACCCCCGCGAGAAGGAGCGCAUCCAGAACGCCGGCGGCUCCGUCAUGAUCCAGAGGGUCAACGGCUCGCUGGCCGUGUCCCGCGCCCUGGGCGACUACGACUACAAGUGCGUGGACGGGAAGGGCCCCACGGAGCAGCUGGUCAGCCCCGAGCCCGAGGUGUGCGUGAUGGAGCGCGCCGCCCAGGGCGACGAGUUUGUGGUGCUGGCCUGCGACGGCAUCUGGGACGUCAUGUCCAACGAGGAGCUGUGCGAGUUUGUCCGCUCGCGGCUACAGGUGUGCGACGACCUGGAGAAGGUGUGCAACGCCGUGGUGGACACCUGCCUGCACAAGGGGAGCAGGGACAACAUGAGCGUGGUGCUGGUGUGCUUGCCCGGUGCCCCCAAGGUGUCUGAAGAGGCUGUGAAGAAGGAGGAGGAACUGGACAAGUACCUGGAGUCUCGCGUGGAGGAGCUGCUGGGUGGCUGUGGGGAGGAGGGGCUCCCUGACCUGGUGUCUGUCCUGAGGAACAUCGCCACUGAGAACAUCAGCAACCUCCCACCAGGAGGAGGCUUGGCCAGCAAGCGCAGUGUAAUCGAGGCUGUGUACAACAAGCUGAACCCCCAUAGAGAAGAGGAAGGGGCCUGCGCGGGGGGAGGCGGCGGCGCGGGCGAGGAGGGCGGCCCGGCGGGCCACCUGCUGGAGGCGCUGCGCCAGUUCCGCCUGCACCACCGGGGCCAGUACCGCUCGGUGCUGGAGGAGGCCCUGACCUCCUACCGGCUGCCCGGCCACCAGGAGAGCCCGCCCAGCCAGGACCAGGAGCGCCCCGCCUCGCCCCCCUCACCCCCUCCCUCGCCCGACGCCCCGACUGGUGACGAUGGGCCCGCCCCCGCGGGGGCAGACCAGCCCGCCCCUCCUCUGCCUGAGCCUCAGCCCCAGCCCCACACCCAGCCUCACCGCCCAGCCUCUCCCCCACCUCCAUGUAGGGACCCCACAGGACAGAACGACCAAUCCUGGUGAAGACCAUGUAGCAUCUGGACCUGGAGACCACAUGGACACAAGCUCUGUCUCUAGCACAACAGCCCGCACAAACAUAGACCACCACCCCCACUGUGUGUGUAUGUGUGUGUAUAAAUGUGUGUGUGUGUGUGUUUAUGUAAGGAAAUGACACUGGCCCUAAUUGGGAGCUCAUUGUAUCUUUUCCCAAAAGGGUUUGGGUUUUGCCAAUGAAGUGUUUUUAGUGCAUUCUGGGCUUUGUAGUCAUGGGUGGGCUCAACCUGAGUGGAGACUACAAGAGUGGGUUGGGUUGUUCACGGCCCAUUCUGUGUGUGCUUGGGAAGCCAUCCCAGAAUGACCUGUACGAAUGGCUGCAGAUGGGACCUUUCAUCUGUGCUGUAGAAGCACCAGUCUCCAGUCAUCCCAUCCUGUUCCAUCUAGUGCACAUUUCUUGGAGACAGCUCAGAGCGUUUUUAUGGAGCAGUGGCAAAGAGAUUUGUUGUGAGUAAACCCUGCCACGCCUAAGAAUGUAUCUAGAACAUUUGGAAAUGAAUCCCAUCAUCAAAUAAGUUGUUUACGACAACAACAAAAAAGGUAUGCAAAUUGUAGUUUGGCAGGUGCUCUUAAAGGUGCAAAACUAUCUACUAACUACUAUGUUGUCUCGUUUUGAUAUGAACUGGGCGUUAAACUGUAAGGUGUGUGUGUCUGAGACCAGUUUAUGAUUGCUUUUCUUAUCCCAGUACAUGCAUUGUACCUGCUUAUCUCACGUGUGGUUCAUAUGAUAUGAGGCCAUGCUAAGGUGAUGGUGUGUGUUUCAGCAGUUCAAUACAGUUCAAUGUAAGCAACAAACCCUCAAAUAAAGCAUUGGAGCUCCAGAA